UAUUGUUUAGAUGUAGAUGUAUCUGUCUAAUUCGCGCCUGCGCUCUAAUCAGGUGAUGAACCGAACCCGUCUAUCCGGAUUGACAACUCCAGCGCUUCUCCUGUUCCACGUCUGCUCCACGCCAACCGUCGCCCGGAUGGUUUUCACUACUUAGCUGCGCUGUCUUUCAGCCUAUCCCUGCAUCCACUCGGAGCAGCACUCAGGAACAGCAAUCAGGAACAGCACUCGACCUCAGAAACAACACCCAGGAACAGCAGCCAGAAGGAGUAGUUUGAAUCGUUGAAACGUUGUUGUAUUAUGUUGUCUUAAAACAUCCUACCGUAUCAGCGAAUGCUAAACAUUUCCUUCUACGCGAUUAAUUACCUUCACGUCAACUUCAAAAAUGAUCACCACGAAGUUUCAGAAAGAGUAUGCCCUCUUGGAGAAAACCCAACGGUUUUUUAUGUUAUCCUUCUUCGUGUAUAUCGUGAUCGUCGCGGGCAGCUAUAUACAAAUACCGGGAAGCCUAAAUGUUGGUUACAAAAGGAAUGGUGCUUUCUACUAUGGAGUUGAAAACGUGUCUUUUACUCGUAUCCAGCGUUCAGCACUCCCAAGAUACGAUCACUUCGUUUCUUCUGGCUCUGUGGACCAGCUGGCAAUGUUCUAUUCAACCUGGAAGGUAGAGCCCUCGACCCUGCCAGUGAAGAAGUCACCGGACCGCAAAAAAAUCAUCAUUUGGAAUCCGACUUCCAUAUGGCCGACUCCAAAGGCGAUACCGUGUCUCUCUAUGCCUCAGUGUGAAUUCAUUAAAAAGACCAAACGAAGAAGAAGAGGAAAAUUUCAGACUGAAGAUGCUGAUGCCAUCAUCUUCAGAGGAAUCUUCGGAAUACCUAAAGUCUACAGCAGGAACUGGUUUCCAAAGACACGGCCUGAGCAUCAGAUCUGGAUAUACUUUCCGUUUGACUGCCCGCCUAUUACAAGAGGCAUCGACUUGAUUUCUUACGGAGGCGUCUUUAACUGGACCAUGUCGUACAGAAACGAUUCCGACAUCCUCGCGCCAUGGGGCCAUAUCACUCCGGUUUACAAAGCACUAGCUGAAAACCCACCUGCUCCAAACAAAGAUUACGCAAAACAGAAAAACAAACUCGUCAUAUGGUACGUGAGUGAUUGCUACAAAUACAUGACUCGGUUUGUCUAUGCUGCUGAACUCAGUAAGCACAUCCAAGUAGACGUUUUUGGAGUCUGUGGAAACGUUAGCGGCUCAUGUCCGAAGAAUAGAACAGAUAGGUCAUGCAUAAAGGAGCAUGUGCGUCCGUACAAAUUCUACUUGGCAUUUGAAAACUUUAAAUGCGUUGAGUACAUAACGGAAAAAUUCUGGCAUAAUUCCGUUGAUUACGAUAUCGUUCCGAUCGUACUCGGGCCUUCAAAGGGAGACUAUGAGAGAGUUGCUCCACCAAACUCCUUCGUUCAUGUCGAUGACUUCGAAUCCCCUGAGGCAAUGGCAAACUACCUAACGUAUCUUGACCACAACGAUGAGGAGUAUAACCGAUACUUUGCUUGGAAAACCAACCCACCAAAAAACCUCCCCGACUUUGAAUCCAGAUUUUGUGAAGUAUGCAAGAAACUUCUCCAGGCUUCCCCGACAGAACGAAAAGUAUACACGGAUGUAGAGAGGUGGUGGAAGGGGGGCAACUAUGAGUUCUGUGAACCAAUCGUGUGGGAUGGUCCACUUAGAGGUAAAAAGAAUGCAGCACAUUUUCCCUAAUGUCUUACGAAGCAAAUACGGUUUGUAGUACUACGUGCGAGGACAUUUAUGAAGGUUAUACAAAGGACACGUUUCCUGUCCGGACCCCGUCCGGGCUGUUUGCAUAAUCGAAAAAUAAACAAUUGAUAUCAACGCUAUACACAUUCGUGCAAAAUUGUUCAACAUUAUGUGUUUUUUGUUGUCUUUCAUGGAAGAACUUUAUCGACACAACAAAAGUUCAGCGACUUUCGUAAGGUCUACUCGUACAGUGAUGUACGUGGGUACAAAAGAAUCGACCUACAUACAAGACUAUGAAAGACCCAACAUGCUGAAUUUGGCAUGUAACUUAUAUACUACUUGUUCUAAGGUCUAAACAUUCUCCCGGUUUGGACUUUGUGUGACCUUGGUAUUACACAUCAAGGUAGAAGAAGUCAACCAGAUCGAGUCUCUUAUUGAAGAGUUAGAAAUUUCAGAUGAUAUCCACGAUCUCUUAUAAGUGACUGAGUAUGAGUCUGAAGACAAUUCUAAGAAUGUAACUGGUAUAUAAACGGUUGCCUGGAUUACUGUGUAAAUAUGUUAUUGAAGAAAGCUAAAUACUAUCAGUCCUUGUUACUAUUCUGUCUCCGGGGUCGGCAGCGCACGGCCCCACAUACCAAAUACAUGCAGGUCUCUUUCUUUCUUGUGGGUUACUAAAGUCUCCGAUUUAAUCAAUUCACCACUAAAUGAAAUUAUUUGAAACUAGAAACUUAACAUUUGCAAAGCAAAUGCACUAUGUUCACCUUCACAUGGCCCAGCUCAACAAACUACUGCUUUGUUUGUUCUUUAUUCUCACUCAAAAACCUGCAUACAUAUAUAAUAACCAUGCAGGCACUUGAAUGGCACUUGAAACAUGAUGUAAUCCAACACCAGUUAGUUACCAUGGUGACAGAUGUCUGGUCCUGGUAAUUGACCAUAUUUGCUUGGAACGGAAGAAGAAGAAAAAAAGAAACUGGGAAAAAACAAUGUUUUCCUUG